UGCAAUUCCGUUUCCGCUACAGUUGGGCUCUGCGUGCGCUGCGGCGAUGUGUGGCGCGGCUGCGCUCGAGCGGAGGUAACCCUCGCGCCUUCCGCCGGUGACGGGUGCGUGCCGCUGUGUUUUGGCCCCGAGCUCUCAGUCGCGCCGACUCCCGACUGCAGCGCGAGGCGUCCGUACAUCCAGCGUCCCACGGCUCGAGCGUCGCGCGACCGACCGAACCGCAUCGGAGCUUUGCAGCGGACGCCGUGUGAGGCGCGCGCCCGUCGGGGCGGGUUGCCAUGGCGAAGAACACCCUGUCGUCGCGGUUUCGGGGGGUCGACGUCGACGAGUACGACGAGAACAAGUUCGUGGACGAGCAGGACGAGGCCGCGGAGCAGCACGGGCCCGACGCCGCCCAGGUGGACGCGCUCAUCAGGCAGGGGGACAUGCUGACGGCGUUCCGCGUCGCUCUAAAGAACCCGCCAAUCAACUCCAAGAAUCCGGCAGUGAAGGAGCGAGCACAGGCUGUGGUGUUGCGGGUUCUGACCUCCUUUAAGAGCAGUGACAUCGAGCCGGCCGUGAGGUCUCUGGACAGGAGCGGGGUGGACCUGCUGAUGAAGUACAUCUACAGGGGCUUCGAGAAGCCCUCGGAGAACAGCAGUGCCAUCCUGCUGCAGUGGCAUGAGAAGGCAUUUGCUGUUGGAGGUUUGGGGUCUAUUGUACGAGUACUGACAGCAAGGAAGUGCGUUUGAACAAAGACAGGUGGAGAAGAACCGCGCGUGCUGCGGGAUCGACGGUUUCCCUUCCUGCAGCUCCAACGCUCACUAUGGAAAUAGCGACGGAAAGGACAGCGCACUACACAGAACAGCUUCUUUAACUCAAAAACAACUGGGAAUUUGUUUUUGUUCUAUUUAAUGUAAACUAUUAUCGGUUAUUUAACUCUGGGAGUGAUUAAGUUCUGAACGGUUUUCCUUUGCGCUGAGUGAGCACUGAGGUUUAUUUUGUGUAUCUAAACAGAAUGUUGGUGGAAUGACUGUUCUGUACUAGCCUUGAACAACUUUCUAGGCUUCUUAAACUGUGACAUUUGAAAGUGUGUGUGUGUGUGUGUACGCGUGUGAGUUUAUCCCUCCUCCAGCACCCCUGAAUAAAUCACCAAUUCCCUUACUUGAGAGUUGGAUGGUCAUAUGUACAGACAGAGGAUGUUUAAUUAAUAUAUAUAUAUAUAUAUAUAUAUAGCGUUGCAGUGGUGGUUGUGGUUUCUUUCCUAGUGUGGGGGUCAGGGGUCAUUGUGAAGUGCCUGGUGCAAUAAAGAUCCUGAUUCUGUU